GUGGCGGCAGCGGGCGGGAUGAGCGAGCGCAGCCCCCAUGACCCCCUGUCCGCGGCGGAGGUCCCCGGUGGGCAGCAGCAAGCCAAGGCCGGUGACCCCAAGAAGGAGGAAGAGGAGGAGGAGGAGGAGAUCGACAUCGACCUGAGCGCGCCCGAGACGGAGCGGGCGGCGCUCGCCAUCCAGGGCAGGUUCCGCAAGUCCCGGCAGCGCAAGAAGGAGCCGCGACCCUGA